CAAACCUUCUCUUGGGGGACGGGUGCCAAUUACAAAAUUUCCCGUGCUUUGAAAAUUUCAAAAUGGCGGACGUAGUGAUCCGUUCUUGUAGGUUUCGCGUAUUUUCUCCUUCUUGUUGUAGGGCAUUGUCAGGUGUUCGACAGCUGAAAACGGCUGCAAAUUUGCGUAAAGCAGCUUUUGGACAAACGGUGCUGAAGUUGAAUACCGGGUCUAAAUUUAUAUCAGUGACCAAAGUGUGUGCAUCCUGCACAAAAAUAAGAAAACUGUCUAAUCCCUCAAGUGUUGCUGUACCAAGUCAAGUUAUUACUGCUAAAAGUACUGAAAUACAGAAGUCUAAGAAAUACCAGCCCCUUCAAGUUAUGCCAUUUUCUUUGACACAAGGAGGCAAGUGUGCUGCUCAUGUGUUGCAGAAACACAAGCCAAAAAGAGCGUUAGUGUUUGUGCGAGCUAGGGUUCUAGCUGUGGAACUUGCAAAAGAAUUGGAGGAAUACGGCCUGAAGUGUUCGGUACCCAAGAGUGAGGAUAAGGCUGGCAGUGAGACUGAGUCAGAUGGAAUCAGUUUAGAGGAAGUUACAUACAUGUACAGUCUGUACCCAGUGACAAUGGACACAGAGACUUUGGACACAAAGGCAAUGGACAGACAAUCAGUGGAGAAAUUGUCAACAGAGACACAGCCAACAGACAGACAAUCAAUAGAAGAAAACUCCAUGGACAGACAAAUGGUGGAUGAUGAACAGAUUGAGGAUGCUGAGCCAGGAAUAACCGUGCUGACAGAGGAUGAUGUUAAGUCCAUGGAGGACCUCCUUCCUGUGGAUCUCAUUGUAUUAGUUCAACAGCCCAUGUCUGGCAGAUCAUUCACACUGUUCUGUUUAAAAAAGACACAUGUUAAGGUUAAGCCGCUCGAUGUGGUGCUUCUCUAUGCGCACAAUGAUAUUCCCUUCUUAAGAGAGAUGCAAACUCAUGUCAAUGUUAAGAAGCUAGUACCACCUUCAUUCUACGAUGUGACAGUGAUGACUGAAGGUGUACCGUCAGUUCAAGAGGAAUCCGCGGUGACGCCUGGAAGACGUUUGAUAGAACCCCCACCACCUUCGAUCACAGCAACCAUCCCGCCAAAACUCGUCCCGUUUAAACGGUUUCAACCUCCGGUUCCUGUCCCAAGCAAGCGACCUGAACGCCAUGGGCUGGACGACCGCGCCCGCAUCUAUGUCCGUGGUGGGGGUGGUGGCCAGGGCUCACCUAACUUUGGAGGAAUGGGAGGAGAUGGUGGGGAUGUGAUUGUACAAUGUCUUCCAUAUGGCACUUUAGCUCAUUUCACUCUUAAAGAAAACCGACGAAUUAUAGCAGAACAUGGCACCUCGUUUAGGAUUGACGAAAAAGGUAGGAAACACCGUGCAAUCCGUGGACGGGACACAAUCAUACCAGUCCCUGUUGGAACCACUUUGUCGACGGAUGACGGACGAAUUAUCGGGGAAUUAGAAGAAAUAGGGUCCAAAAUUGUGGUGGUUAAAGGUGGCCGAGGUGGUUCAGCUGCAACGGUGAACUGGUGCGGAGAGAAGGGCGAGAGAAAUAUUGUGAGACUGGAGAUGAGACUGCAUUCGGACAUUGCUCUUGUUGGGUUUCCAAAUGCUGGGAAAUCCACCCUGCUUGGUGCCAUCAGCAAUGCGACUCCAAAAACGGCGGAUUACGCUUUUACAACCAUGCGUCCCAGCAUUGGAAUGGUGGAAUACUCCGAUCAUUCUCAGGUGCGAGUAGCUGACCUUCCGGGUUUAAUAGAAGGUGCAUCGAGUAACAGAGGACUUGGUCACGCUUUUCUCAAACACACCGAAAAAGCUAAAGCCCUGGCCCUAGUUGUGGACGUUGACGGCUUCCAUUUCAACGACAAAUUUCCUGCUAGGACAGCAUUUGAAAACAUCUGCAUUUUACUCAAGGAGCUGUUUGUGUACAAGAGAGAGUUACUAAAUCGACCCAAGAUGCUUAUUGUCACAAAGCUUGACAGGAAAGGCGCCACUGGGAGAUUUCAGGCUUUGAAGCACAAAUUAAACUCUAUCCACGAACAUGAAUCCCUUCUUUCAGUUCUACAAGAAAUCUCUUCAAACAGCCCAACAACCCAGGAAAAUGCCAACUUGAUAGAAUUAACUGAGGAGCUUACAAGAACGAGUUUUGAUUUCGUUGUGCCAUUUUCCGCCGUGACAUCAUUUGGUCUAGAAGACCUUCGUGAUAAAAUCAAAGAGCUAACAUAGAUGGAGCAUUCAUAGGUUUCAAUAAAAUUAAUUUACAUAUGUGGUAUUCGUCAAAGAAAGAAUAAAGCACGGCAGAUCAUUGCACAUGUUUCAUGGCCGUCCCCUCUUCCUCUUACCCUGGAGGUUUGAGGACUGGGCUUGCCUCGUGAUGUUGUUUGAAGGCUUGCAGAGAGUGUGAUGUGCCCCGUAUCUAUUAUCUUGGCUGCUCAAACGAAGGAAAGUUAUGGAUCAUCGAGGUUUCAAGCAACGGCUGCAUCUAUCUAUAUGAUUGUAAUGAUGGUGGUGUGGUUCCGUCACACAGGCAGAUCAAAGUUAAACAAUCAACCUUGAACAAGAUGACAACUUAAGUCAUGAAGCCAUUAGAUAGUAAACGACGAUGUUGCUCGCAUGGCACAAAUGGAAGGAGUGGCCAUGGACAGCAACUGAGAAAGCUAUUUUUUUUUCUUGCAACGACUGGUUUGAAUGUAUAAGUGGAUCCAGAGAAUGGGCCUUAGUGGGAUCUAUCAGCCGACUCGUGGAAGUAAACGUCACUUUUUCGGAGAAUGAAAGAACGUUUGAUCUCUUCCCGAGCCCAGUGUACAUGUUUGGCAUUGCAGUGGAUGACAACAGAUUCCUGUUUUAUGUCACUAAACAGUGCAGUAAAAGUAGAUGUCUUCUCAAGUUUAAUUACGAGAUCAAUUUUGAAGGCAUCAAGAUGUUGCUUUUGAGGUCUUCUCUAACUUUCCUUGUAAACUAGAAGAGUGUGGAAGCAAUGAACGGCAAAUUUGGUGACUUUUCCUACAUUUAUCCGAGAACAAUUUGAUGUAAUUUGUCAUUGCUCAAGAAUUAAACUGGAUGCUUCCA